AUGUCAGUUGAGGCUCCGAUGCAACACUUCUUGGUGGGGUCAAAGUUGGAGACAACCGACAAUAUUUCCCUUGUCUACCGGAAUGACUCCGGCAUCGCGCGCCCACCUCGAAAUGGAAUGCAACUAUUGGAUGCUGCUUAUCACGCGGUCUCAGCUGCCAGCUUCCCCCUCUUCAGAUCUGCAUUGACCCUCCCUGUCCCCAGACAAGACUGGCUCCUGAUUAAGGUGCUUAUCACACCGGUCACGCAGAAGGGUGGCAGAAUCUCCAAUCCUAUUUAG